AUGACCGACAGCUUUGUACAAAGUGGACAGCAGCUCAACCUACAGGUACAUAUUCUGUUUGACAAGUAUCAGUUAAACUCAAGCACUUGUUCUGAUUGUGAGCCAGGCACAGAUAGUUGCCAAGGUGUUAGAGACAGAAGACUAUUGUAUUUUAUUCUCUGUUUUAUUGAAGGUUGGUUUCUACAGAAGUUUUCCAAGGUGUUAGAGACAGAAGACUAUUGUAUUUUAUUCUGUUUUAUUGAAGUGUCCAACGUGUUUAUUGUGGCAGCUUUGUACACAGAACGAAGGCUCUCAGUGGGCUGCUUCAGUGAACGUGUUGGGCUGCUGGUUCAUUCCAUUAAUCUGUCAGUCACACUGUGCUUCCCGGUGACUAUCGUACUAAUGGUGAAGUCCAUUACUCCAGUGGGUGGAGCGUCUGCUCUGGGAGUGUACACCGUCCUCUUCCUGAAGCUCUACUCCUACAAAGAUGUGAACAAGUGGUGUAGAGAGAUGAGCCAUGCUAAAGCCCGAAGCCUGGCCCGGUCCCUCUCAUGUUCCUCUAUACCACGGUCUAGGGAAAGUGGACAGGAUUAUCAGGUCUCCUAUCCUGGAAAUGUCACCCUCAGAGAUUUGUAUUAUUUUGUUUUUGCACCAACCCUCUGCUAUGAAUUAAACUUCCCCCGGUCUCCACGGAUUCGAAUGAGCUUCCUGCUAAGGAGGCUUUUUGAGAUGCUGUUCUUCACCCAGUUAUUGGUGGGAUUAACACAGCAGUGGAUGAUACCCAUUAUUCAGAGUUCUAUGAAGCCAUUGGAGGAUAUGGACCUGCCUAUGAUGAUGGAGCGUCUACUCAGACUAGCCGUGCCCAAUCAUCUUCUCUGGUUGAUAUUCUUCUACUGGUUCUUCCACUCGUCCUUGAACUUUAUUGCUGAGCUCCUGAAAUUUGGAGACCGAGAGUUUUACAGAGACUGGUGGAACUCUGAGACCAUCACAUACUUUUGGCAAAACUGGAAUAUUCCAGUACACAAAUGGUGCCUUCGCCACUUCUACAAGCCCCUGCUGAAGAGUGGAGUCAGUAAGUGGCUCGGCCAAUCAGCAGUGUUCCUGGCUUCAGCCUUCUUUCAUGAGUACCUGGUCAGUGUUCCACUGAAGAUGUUGAGGCCAUGGGCUUUUAUGGGCAUGAUGGCUCAGCUUCCGCUGGCCUGGUUUGUGGCGCGUUUUCUCCGGGGUAACUAUGGCAACGCAGCCGUAUGGCUCUCUCUCAUCAUUGGCCAGCCAAUCGCCGUGCUCAUGUACGUCCAUGACUACUAUGUACUUCACUACAGAGAGGGGUCAGCGGGAGGUGGACCUGAAUGACCUCCUCAGGGGAAUAUAUACCAGACCAGCCUUUUAUAGGAAAGACAAAUAGAGCUAGAAAUGUACUGUAUGCUACUUUAUGGAAGCACCUUAAAGGGGCCAUCAGCAUUUGCUACAUCCAUUUUUGGACUCAUACAUGAAUGAUAUGUACCCAUCGAUUCUUGAAGAACAUAACUUAUAAAUGCCUCACCAGCUUAGUUUGACUGUCGUUCCCCGUCACAAACCGAAAUAUAGGAUUGUUUUACUCCAAUAUUUGUAAACAAAUCAAAUGUAAACAAACACUAUAUAGCCUCAAAACAUGGUUAAAACUAUACUUUUUUUAUCAGAUGGUCAAUCGUUGCAUCCAUAUCUCUGUCCAUGAAUUUGAAAGUGAUUCCAUUUCCCCAGUCCCAUCCCUCAGCUUUUUACUGAACCAGGGGUGGGAGGCAGCUUUGUUAUUGUUUCAACUGCUGAUUGCCACUUUAAAGAUAACACACUUGUUAUAGAAACAAUCAAUUUAGUUAGUGAAUAUUAGAAUAUGCCUUAUUGAAACAUGUCUGACAAGUGCAAUUUUCAAAAAGGGCCAGUUUCUCAGCAAAUGUACACAACCAUGACAUGUGUGUUUGUAAGAUUUAUGUGUAUUUAUGCCACUCAAGCCUCAAUAUUUUGUCAUCUUGUUUUACUUGGGUACGUAUAGAGGGAUAUGUAUAGAUACGAAAAUGGCAGCUGUUGAUUCUUGACUUUAUUCCAUUAAUUGGGUCAUUAUUAUGUUGCCGACAGAACUACAUGGACAAGUAAAUAUAUUUCUCUCUUUAUGUGAA